AUGUAAGAUGCAAAGGCAAGUGAGGAAUUUGUAUAAAACGAAUAGGAAUUCAAAUACAUUAGUGAAUAAGUGAAAUAGAAGUUAAGAAAAGGAGAGUAUAGUACAGAUGAAUUUUAUAAGAAAAACGUGGAUGAAUUAAGAAGAUGUGUAAAUUCUAAAGAUAAAAAUAGGUGAAAAUGAUGGAAACGGAAGCUUAAAUGACUUCAACUCAUUCUAAAAAAAUAUUAUAGAACAAGAUCUUAUAAUAUAAGAAGCAAUUAGAUGUGAUUGAAGAAAGCAUAAAUGAAUUAUUGAUAAAGCAAAAGAAGACAGAUAAUUUAAAAGGAAACCUGUUUGAGAACGACUUAAUCAUAGAAGAGAUUGAUAGAUUAACUUAGGAGACUGAAUAAAUUGCCUUAAAUGUGGACUCUAAAAUGAAUGCAGGAACUUUGGCAUUGCAAUAAUCAAAAUUUAAAGUAUGAUUUAAAAAUGAAAUAGAAAUAAGACUUGAAGUCAAAUCUAAGGAAGAGUGAUUUUACAAUUUAGAUGAUGAACAACAAGAUAACAUUGGAUAAAGCAUCAUUAUUGGUUAUUAUAAUCUUGUUGGGAAUCAUAGACAUAUUUGCUAUUUACAAAAAGUUUCUAUGA